ACACAGCUGUAUCGAAAGAACAAAUCCCUAGGCUCUUAUUGUUCUCCGGCAUUUUCUUUACCCCAACCGCGGUUGCGGGCACUACUCUGCCCCGAUCCAUCGUCGCCUCAUUGCGGAUCACAACCCUUCUCGGCCUCGCUCCUUCGAAGAAGUGAAUUUGAUAUGGCUACCCUUCGAAAUCUGAAGAUCAAGACAGCAACUUGCAAACGCAUCCUUAAGGAGCUUCAGUCUUAUGAGAAAGAAGUUGACAGAGAAGCUGCCAAAACUGCUGAUAUGAAGGAAAAAGGUGCUGACCCUUAUGAUCUUAAGCAACAGGAAAAUGUCUUGGCAGAGUCGAGAAUGAUGAUUCCUGAUUGCCACAAACGACUGGAAGCUUCCCUUGCCGAUUUGAAAGGAAUAUUGGCGGAGAUAAAAGAAUCAAACCAGCAAGGGGUGGAGAUAGAGGAAGCUGAUACCAUCAUCGCAGAUGUAGAAGCUUUUUUUCAGGCAGCAGACGCUUAGAAGUCAGAACAACAAAAAGAAGUGCUUGUACUCCGGAUAUUGUCUAGUGUUGAUUGCCUCGAAACAACUUUUGCUUGUCGAGUUCUACAUUUUCUGAAACUUGAGCUUGUGUUGUAAUCUUCCCAGGAAUCUGUUCACCGCUGGGAAGAUGCCCAUGAAAACUUUGGGUGUGAAUGUUUGUGCAAAAGCUAUCUAUCUAUCUAUCAUUUUUGGUGAA